UGGGGGAAAAGACUGGUCAGCCAAGGACAGGCGACCAAGCAAAAUCUUGCACGCCAAAAAUUUCGGGAAAGGGUGCCUUCUCAAAUCCCCUCUUCUUCUUGGCCUACGCCACACACAGAACACCAGACAUUUGACAAGCUCCUCCACCUCAUAGCCUCUAUCGUAUAUAAAUAUCCCACCUCUCUCCUUCUCUCCAACCCUGCCUUGCUUCGCUUCUCUUCCUUUGUGUAUUCGUGCAAGCCACCUAUGGCUGCUCUCCUGCUUUGCAGUAUUCACCCUAAACCCCCUCCCUCCGCAACUCACCACCGGAAACGCCUCCAUUUAAUUGCCAACAUCAGACUCUGCCUAUCUGCUCCCAAACCUUCAGCUUCUCCAAGACGGCGCAUUGUUUUACCUCCUCCAAAAUCAGCUUCCAUCAACGGAUUCUCCGUCCAGAAUGCUCCUCGAGUUUCCCCCGACCGCCACGGGGAGGAAAACCUCGAGCUAGUCGACAGGCUUCGGAGAUGGAUUGGCUUCAUUCGGUCGGUCUUGCCCGGUGGAAGUUGGUGGAGCUUCGACGAAGAUGCCCAUGUGAGAAUGCUGGCUGAACCGGUGACCGUUUCCCGGGCUCUUCUACGAAUGUGGCAGCUUGUUGCUCAAGACCGUUGGGUUAUCUUCGCUGCAUUCUCUGCCCUAAUUAUCGCGGCGCUUUCGGAGAUUUCGGUACCACAUUACUUGACAGCAUCAAUCUUUUCGGCACAGAGUGGUGAAGUCGCGGUGUUUCAUCGGAAUGUGCGUCUCUUGGUUCUGCUGUGUUUCACUUCUGGAAUAUGCAGUGGUCUGCGAGGUUGCUGUUUCGGCAUCGCAAAUAUGAUCCUUGUCAAGCGUAUGAGGGAAACAUUAUAUUCUUCCCUUCUCCUGCAGGAUAUAUCCUUUUUUGACUCCGAAACAGUUGGUGAUUUGACCAGUAGGCUUGGAGCCGAUUGCCAGCAAGUGUCACGUGUUAUCGGAAAUGAUCUUAAUCUGAUAUUACGCAAUGGCCUACAGGGAGUGGGUGCAUUGAUUUACUUGCUAUAUCUAUCUUGGCCACUUGGUUUGUGUACGCUGAUUAUCUGCUCUACUUUAUCAGCUGUUAUGCUGCUUUACGGCAGCUACCAGAAGAAGGCAGCUAAGUUAAUCCAAGAAUGUACUGCUUCUGCAAAUGAAGUAGCUCAGGAGACCUUCUCUUUGAUGAGAACUGUUCGUGUUUAUGGAACAGAAAAAGAUGAAGUUGAAAGGUACAAGCAUUGGCUGGGGAAAUUAGCUGAUAUAAGCUUGAGACAAAGUGCUGCAUAUGGUUUUUGGAAUCUGAGCUUCAAUACUCUUUAUCACUCAACUCAGAUCAUAGCUGUGCUGUUUGGAGGAACAUCUAUUCUGGCUGGCCAUAUAACAGCAGAGCAACUUACGAAGUUUAUAUUAUACAGUGAAUGGCUAAUUUAUUCGACAUGGUGGGUGGGGGACAACUUAUCAUCUUUGAUGCAAUCUGUUGGGGCUAGUGAAAAAGUCUUCCAAUUGAUGGAUCUCUUACCCAGUGAUCAAUUCAUAUCAAAAGGAUUGAAGUUGCAAAAUCUAUUGGGACAUAUUGAAUUUGAAAAUGUUUCUUUUCAUUAUUCUUCGAGGCCAACGGUACCCGUGCUACAACAUGUAAGCAUUUCAGUGCAUCCUAAUGAAGUGGUUGCAAUUGUUGGUCUUAGUGGCAGUGGAAAAAGCACAUUGGUGAAUCUUUUACUUCGUCUUUAUGAGCCCACAAAUGGUCAGAUUUUGAUAGAUGGCUUCUCUCUAAAAGAGUUGGAUGUCAUGUGGUGGAGGGAAAGAAUUGGAUUCGUGGGACAGGAACCCAGACUUUUCCGCAUGGAUAUCAGCUCAAACAUCAGAUAUGGAUGCACAAGAGAUAUAAAGCAGAAGGAUGUUGAAUGGGCCGCUAAGCAGGCAUAUGCUCAUGACUUCAUAUCAUCCCUGCCACAUGGUUACCAAACACUUGUUGAUGAUGAUUUGCUAAGUGGGGGACAAAAGCAGCGAAUAGCCAUUGCUCGGGCCAUUCUUAGGGACCCAACUGUAUUGAUCCUUGAUGAAGCCACUAGUGCGCUAGAUGCAGAGAGUGAACACAAUGUCAAGGGUGUUCUUCGUGCUAUCAGAAGUGACUUGGCGACGAGGAGAAGUGUCAUAGUUAUAGCACACAGGCUUUCUACAAUUCAAGCUGCUGACCGUAUUGUGGUUAUGGAUGCUGGUCAAGUUGUUGAGAUGGGCAGUCACAGGGAGCUUCUCCUCAAAGAUGGCUUAUAUGCUCGACUGACUAGGAGACAGGCUGAUGCAGUUGCAUGAUCUUGGAUUGCAUCGGCAAUUCCAUUUUCUUACUACGCUGACAUGUUUGGUUCGGUAUAGAGGUUCAAGCGUCUUUUUCACUGCUGAGCCAUGUAUUGAGACUACAUAAAUUAUGGGAGGGAGCUUCAAGAAAAUGUGCACCCAGCGUAACAUCCUUGAUUCAUUCCUUCUGAUGACGAGUUUUAUUGGAAAAGAAUGCUUGAAUUUGACGACCAAAGGAUGAUGGAUCAGCAGAACAUCAGCCAAAUGGGUUAAUAGCGCAUACAGCUGCCAAUAAAUGUCAUUUUUUUUAAUUUAUAAGAACAGCCUUUUGACCUUCCUUACAAUUUGUACAGUUGUUAUUUAAAGGCUAAAAGAGUUAUUUGCAAA